AUGUCAGAAAGGGUUGACUGGUUACAAAGCCAAAAUGGAGUAUGCAAAGUUGAUGUCUAUUCACCUGGAGACAGCCAGCCCCAGGACUGGAAAAUGGAAGCCUCAACUGAUCCUAUCAGAGUGCUCAGCUGGCUCCGCAGAGACCUGGAAAAAAGUACAGCAGGAUUCCAAGAUGUUAAGUUCAAACCAGGAGAAUCCUCCUUAGGUGGGGAAGUGAGUGUCUUAGGAGACCCCUGCAAGGGUUUCUCUGUGGACUAUUACAAUGCCACCAACAAGGGCAGUCCAGGAAGAUUGCAUUUUGAGAUGACUCACAGAGAGAACCCCAUCCAGGGCCCCAGUGUCCAACUUGGCAAUGGGAGUUCAGUAGAUGAAGUUUCUUUCUAUGCUAAUCGCCUCACAAAUCUAGUCAUAGCCAUGGCCCGCAAGGAGAUCAAUGAGAGGAUAGAUGGUUCUGAAAACAAAUGUGUCCAUCAGUCAUUAUACGUGGGAGAUGAACCCACACCCAACAAAAGCUUGAGUACAGUGGCAUCAGAACUGGUGAAUGAGACUGUCUCUGCAUGUUCCAAGAAUGCUACCUCAGAUAAGGCUCCAGGCUCUGGUGACAGAGCCUUGGGAUUAUUACAGAGUCCCCCAAAUUUGAAAUAUAAGACCACUCUGAAGAUCAAGGAGAGCACCAAGGAAAGCAAGGGUGCAGAUGAUAAGCCUCCUUCUAGAAAGUCUUUCUUCUACAAGGAGGUGUUUGAAUCUCGUAAUGCAGGUGAUGCCAAAGAGGGUGGAAGGUCCUUACCUGGGGAGAGAAAGAUGUUCAGAGGACAAGAAAGGCCUAAUGACUUUACAGCUUCUGUUAGUCAAGGGAUCAUGACCUAUGCUAAUAGUGUGGUAUCUGAUAUGAUGGUGUCCAUCAUGAAGACACUGAAGAUCCACGUGAAGGACACAACCAUUGCCACCAUUCUGCUAAAGAAGGUACUGCUCAAGCAUGCAAAAGAGGUCGUCUCAGAUCUUAUUGACUCCUUCAUGAAGAACCUCCACAAUGUCACAGGGACCCUCAUGACUGAUACAGACUUUGUCUCAGCUGUAAAAAGAAGUCUGUUCUCUCACGGAAGCCAGAAGGCCACAGAUAUCAUGGAUGCCAUGCUUGGUAAGCUAUACACUGUAAUGUUUGCAAAGAAACCGCCUGAAAAUGUCAGGAAAACUAAGGACAGGUCUGAGAGUUACUCCCUUGUCUCCAUGAAAGGAAUGGGUGACCCUAAAAACCAAAAUGCAAACUUUGCAGCCAUGAAAUCUGAAGGUAAAUUGAGGGAAAAAGUGUACUGUCCUGCAUCCAAACCUGAGGAGAAGUCUUGUGUCGAAACUCUGGGUGAACACAUUAUCAAAGAAGGAUUGACACUUUGGCGUAAAAGUCAGCAAAAAGAAGGAAGAUCUCCAGGUUUCCAAAGGGCAACAUUUGCAGCUCCCAACAAACAGUACAAGCCUGUACCAGACAUUCCUCUGGACUAUCCUUUGGAUACUUCCAGCCUCAGCCCCCCUGUGCAUCACCAAGAGAAACCUGAGAAUUUUAUGUGUGAUUCAGACUCCUGGGCCAAGGACCUGAUCGUAUCUGCCUUACUUCUGAUUCAAUACCACCUGGCCCAGGGAGGAAGCAUGGAUGCACAGAGCUUCAUUGAAGCAGCUGGCAGUACCAACUUGCCUGCCAACAAGUCCCCUGUAGUUUCUGAUGAGUCCAGCCCCAAGUCUCCUCAAACGGGAGGUAACCAAGAGGAAGCAGAAAAGAAAGAUCUGAUGAGUGUUUUCUUUAACUUCAUUCGGAAUUUACUUGGUGAGACCAUUUUCAAGAGUGACCGUAGCUCUGAACCCAAGGUGCCAGAAAAGCCAAUUAAGGAAGAAUGUAGCCACCAGAGUGAAAGACCUGUAACCCCUUCUCCCAUCAAAUUAAGUGAAGGUGAUGAGGCUGGUGGUCCCUUUGCUGGGCUGACCAAGAUGGUUGCUAGCCAGCUAGAUGGCCACAUGAAUGGGCAAAUGGUAGAACAUCUGAUGGACUCAGUGAUGAAGUUAUGUCUCAUUAUUGCCAAAUCCUUUGACUCUCCCUUGGCAGAGCUGGGAGAUGAUAAGUCUGGGGAUGCAAGCAGGCCAACUUCAGCCUUCCCAGAUAGUUUAUAUGAGUGCUUACCAGUCAAGGGCACAGGGACAGCAGAGACUGUCCUGCAGAAUGCCUAUCAAGCUAUCCAUAACGAAUUGAGAGGUAUGUCAGGACAGCCCCCUGAAGGGUAUGCAGCACCCAAAGUGAUUGUCAGCAAUCAGAGCCUAAGUGAUACGGUUCAGAACAAGCAACUCCAAGCCGUACUUCAGUGGGUCGCCGCCUCUGAACUCAAUGUCCCUAUUUUGUACUUUGCUGGUGAUGACGAAGGAAUCCAGGAGAAGCUACUUCAGCUCUCGGCUGCUGCUGUGGACAAAGGACGCAGCGUAGGUGAGGUCCUGCAGUCAGUGCUGCGCUAUGAGAAGGAGCGACAGCUGGAUGAGGCGGUGGGAAAUGUUACACGACUGCAGCUGCUGGACUGGCUGAUGGUGAACCUGUAA